UUUUUCAAAUUACCUGAUGGUCUCGAUUCACAUGCAGAUCAGUCUCAGCUACAAUUUCUUGGUCGAUUUCUUAGUCUCCGUCAUCAGUGCAUGAAACGAGCUGCUCUCCAACCAAUUAAAAAUUUAGGUUCAAUUGACCCAUCCUGGCAGUCUCUUUCCGAGCACCCACCUGACAUCUUCGACUUGAUCUCAGUUUCUGGAAAUGAGUAUGAGUACUCUUUUUCAGGAAAUGUUGAUGGUGGGCUUGAUGAGAAAGUCUCACAAUUUAACGUAGAGGAUGUUAAGGAGUCUACUGAAAAUGCUUGGAGGCGCUCCACUACUCUAUCGUUGUCAGGUCCGCCUUUAUAUCCUGGCAUAACCAAAAAGCUCAAAGGAUUGACCAAUAUUCAGUCUUUUCUUAACCAGCAUGGAGCCACUCAGUUGAUCGUAAACCUCAUAAAAGAUAGCAACACUAGCGAGAAGAUUUUCGUCGAAACGAUAAGCUUGGCGAAUGGAUUGCUAUUAAAUGGAAAUCCUCGGGUACAAGUAAGUACUGUAGGAAAACUUAAUUAUUUAUAUUUUGUUUUAUUUAUUAAUAUUGCUUAUAUUUUUUGGUUAAUGAAUACAUUUUACUGUCGAAAUGAAUGUCGUUUUAGAUACAGCUCUACACGCACAUUCUCCCAACCCUCUCAUCUUUUCAAUGAAUCUAAAUUCAUUCAAUGUACUAAAACUAAUGUAUUUAUUUUAGAUUUUUGA